AUGGAGAAGUAUGAGCUGGUGAAAGACAUAGGUGCUGGGAAUUUCGGAGUGGCCAGGCUCAUGAAAGUUAAAAAUUCUAAGGAACUUGUUGCCAUGAAGUACAUCGAGCGUGGUCCAAAGAUUGAUGAGAACGUGGCAAGAGAGAUCAUAAAUCACAGAUCACUCCGCCAUCCAAAUAUUAUCCGGUUUAAGGAGGUGGUGUUGACUCCAACCCAUCUUGCCAUUGCUAUGGAAUAUGCUGCUGGUGGUGAACUAUUCGAGCGUAUAUGCAGUGCUGGAAGAUUCAGUGAGGAUGAGGCGAGAUACUUCUUCCAACAGCUUAUAUCAGGCGUCAGUUACUGCCAUGCUAUGCAAAUAUGCCAUAGAGAUCUGAAGCUCGAGAAUACUCUCCUGGAUGGAAGUCCUGCUCCACGUCUGAAAAUAUGUGAUUUUGGUUAUUCCAAGUCCUCGCUGCUGCACUCUAGGCCCAAAUCAACAGUUGGAACUCCAGCGUAUAUUGCACCUGAGGUCCUUUCUCGCAAAGAAUAUGAUGGCAAGAUGGCUGAUGUAUGGUCUUGUGGUGUGACGCUUUACGUAAUGCUGGUUGGAGCAUACCCAUUUGAAGACCAGGAAGACCCCAAAAACUUCAGGAAAACAAUACAAAAAAUCAUGGCUGUGCAGUACAAGAUCCCAGACUACGUCCAUAUCUCACAGGACUGCAAACAUCUCCUUUCCCGCAUAUUUGUUGCCAAUUCACUCAAGAGGAUUACCAUUGCUGAAAUCAAGAAACACCCAUGGUUCCUGAAGAACUUGCCAAGGGAACUCACGGAGACAGCUCAAGCUGCAUAUUUCAGGAAAGAGAACCCGACCUUCUCUCUCCAGACGGCUGAAGAGAUCAUGAAGAUAGUGGAUGACGCGAAAACGCCUCCUCCUGUUUCUCGUAACAUUGGAGGUUUUGGCUUGGGAGGGAAAGGAGAUACAGAGGAAGACGAGGAGGAAGUGGAAGAAGAGGAGGAGGUCGAGGAGGAGGAAGACGAAGAAGAUGAAUAUGACAAGACUGUAAAGGCGUAUAAGAACAAACAGAGAAAGAGAGGGAAGCUAUCCCGCCAUAAGGAAACCGCGAAUUCAAUACUUUUCCGUUUUCCGGCCUCGAGCUUAGUCGGUGGUGACCUUCUUAUCCUCUACUUCGCCUUGUCCAGUUUCUCCGCCGGAUUGCGUCAGUGCCUCUCUCUACAGAAGCAGAAGACUCCACUGGUUCUAAAAUUGACCAAAUUGCUCUGUCAAGGGAAGAGAAAAUCACUGGAACUUCUUCAGCAUGUUAAACCUAUGAUCAAUCCAAAUCAAACGAGUAGGAGUCAUCUCCCUGAAGUUCAGAAACCUAAAGGUCCUCAAACUAAUUGGUCGGAACAUGCAAAGGCGCUCGAGAGUCCAUCAUCCGAGACUAAGUUUCUGAGCUCCAAUUUCCUUUACGGUCUUGAAAGUCAAAAGCCUAGAAGAAACAGAGAUAUGGCUGCAAGGUCAAUCGCGUUUCCUGGUGUGAAUGUGCAUACUUUGGCGCACCCGCAGAUUGCCAAGGCUUGGCGUGCUCUAUCAAGUCUGUCAAUAAAAUAUACCUACCUAAGACCUGGCAUUACUCCCCCGGUUGAUGAUGGUGGCACCAAUGGCUCAUAUUCUGCAAGGGAGAGAUCCACUGUGAAAGUUACAUGUAGCACUGAUGGUGGUAUAAACAGUCAACAAAACCAAAAUCAAAUGAGAGUUCCAGGAACUGGAAGAUUCUGCCACAGCUUCCCUUCCUCUGUCCCUGGUGAUGAUAAAAUUGUUGCUGAAAAGUUCCCACGGGGAAAUGAUGAGGUCAGAGAAUCAGAAUCCAGUUGCACGCAUUUAAAUGGAGUGGAGAAACCACUCAGGAGUUCUGCAUUCCCAGCUGAGCAGUUGAAAUCUGGAGGAGCAUGUCUUGAUGAGAUUGAUGAUGAUGACAUACUUAAGUAUAUUGAUGUCGACCAAAUUAUGAUGGAACACUACCAAUCAACAAGUACCCCUCAACCAUCAGUAUCUAAUUUUCCACCGAGAACUCCACCUGUUGAUAGAAGUGCUGCCAAAAUACAAGAAGAGUGUUGUCUACCUCCUGAAUUAUGUUCCAUUUGUAGUCAUGGAAUAAAGCUAGGGCUUUGUCCAGAAGCUUCAACCCAUGUGGAACAAAUGAAGAACGUAUUGCUUGCAAUUUCGAAUGAACUCCUUGACGAUGCUACUGACCUUAGUCCUGAUCGCGUGGUACAGCUUCGUCAAGAGAGGUUGGAACUGAAGAAUCAAAUUCAGCAGCUCGAGAACCAUAUCCGGGAGAAAGAAAGGCAAAAAUCUCAGUGUUUCCCAUCGACAGCUACUCCUACGUUUCAGUAUGAAACACCUAAAUCAACAAACCUAAAAAUGGGUUAUUCACAAACUGAUUCUCGAGCACAUUUUAGUGAACAAAGGCCAAGAUCUCAGUUUUUCUCAUCUACAGCUACUCCUACUUUCCAGUAUGAAACACCUAAAUCAACAAACCUGAAAACGGAUUAUCCACAAACUGAUUCUCGAGCACAGUUCACUGAGCAAGGUAGAUAUGGAUCUGAUAGCUGGAACAUGCCAAGAGAUUCUUCAUUUUCAUCUGCUCCUAUAGAGAGGGAACAAUAUGUGCCGAAGAUUAUUGAUGUGACCUACACUGAAGGUUCAAACGACAAAAGGUGGAGCAGUCGUGAAUUUCCUUGGACAAGAAAAUUGGAGGUUAGUAACAAAAAAGUGUUUGGAAAUCACUCGUUUCGACCUAACCAGAGAGAAAUCAUCAAUGCUACAAUGAGUGGCUCUGAUGUUUUUGUUUUGAUGCCAACUGGUGGAGGGAAGAGUCUUACAUAUCAGCUCCCCGCCCUGAUCUGUCCAGGAAUAACAUUAGUCAUUUCUCCACUUGUGUCACUUAUUCAAGACCAAAUAAUGAACCUAUUGCAGGCCAAUAUACCCGCUGCUUCCCUAAGUGCCGGCAUGGAAUGGGCUGAACAACUGAAGAUCUUUCAGGAGCUGAGUUCCGAGCAUUCUAAGUACAGAUUACUAUAUGUCACGCCCGAAAAAGUGGCACGAAGCGAUUCUCUUUUGAGGCAUCUAGAAAACUUAAAUUCUCGUGGUUUGCUUGCUCGCUUUGUUAUUGAUGAAGCUCAUUGUGUGAGCCAAUGGGGCCAUGACUUUCGACCAGACUACCAGAGUCUCGGUAUUCUGAAGCAGAAGUUUCCUGACAUUCCCGUGUUAGCUUUAACAGCUACUGCAACAGCCAGUGUGAAAGAAGACGUUGUACAAGCCCUUGGCCUUGUUAACUGUGUUGUGUUCCGGCAAAGUUUUAAUCGCCCAAAUCUAUGGUAUUCCGUUGUUCCCAAGACAAAAAAGAGUCUGGAAGAUAUUGACAAAUUUAUUAAGGAAAACCAUUUUGAUGAAUGUGGAAUUAUAUAUUGUCUUUCAAGAAUGGACUGUGAGAAAGUCGCUGAAAGGAUGAAGGAGUUUGGUCAUAAAGCAGCAUUCUACCAUGGCAGUAUGGAUCCUGCUGAUCGUGCCUUUGUACAAAAACAAUGGAGCAAGGACGAAGUCAAUAUUAUAUGUGCUACUGUGGCAUUUGGAAUGGGGAUUAACAAGCCUGAUGUCCGCUUUGUUAUUCAUCACUCACUCCCGAAGUCUAUAGAAGGCUAUCAUCAGGAAUGCGGUCGUGCUGGAAGGGAUGGCCAGCGGUCAUCUUGUGUUUUGUAUUACGGUUAUGGCGACUAUAUACGUGUUAAGCAUAUGAUUACCCAAGGAGGAGUUGACCAAAGUCCCAUGGCUACUGGUUAUAAUCGUGUAGCAAGUUCAGAGAGAAUACUUGAAACGAAUACUGAAAACCUUCUCCGCAUGGUUAGAUACUGUGAAAAUGAAGUGGAUUGCCGACGUUACCUCCAACUAGUCCAUUUCGGGGAAAAAUUUGACUCCACAAACUGCAAAAAUACGUGUGAUAAUUGUAGCAGUAGCCAGAGUUUGGUUGACAAAGAUGUGACCUUGAUUACAAGGCAACUGGUUGAACUGGUGAAGCAAACAGGAGAAAGGUUUUCUUCAUCUCAUAUUCUUGAAGUCUACAGAGGUUCCUUCAACCAAAUGGUCAAGAAACACAGACAUGAGACUUUGCAGCUCCAUGGAGCUGGAAAACAAUUAUCGAAAACUGAAGUCUCCCGUAUCAUGCACUAUCUCGUAACAGAGGACAUUCUUGUGGAAGAUGUUAGGAAAAGUGAUAUGUAUGGAACUGUGUCAUCGUUGCUCAAGGUGAAUAAUUCAAAGGCUGCCACACUCUUUUCUGGAAGCCAGACUAUAAUAAUGAGAUUCCCUUCUUCUGGAAAAGUAUUAAAGCCGAGUAAACCCGGGGCAACCCCAGCCCCAGCAAAAGGUCCGCUAACAUCAGUUGAUGCUCCUGCAGAAGAUGUGAAUCUCUCCGCCAACAUGUAUUCAGCCUUGAGGAAGCUUCGUACGCUUCUUGUCAAAGAAGCCCCUGACGGUGUCAUGGCAUAUCAUAUAUUCGGCAAUGCAACGCUUCAGCAGAUAAGCAAGAAAAUUCCGAGAACCAAAGAGGAACUCCUCGAGAUAAAUGGUCUCGGGAAGGCUAAAGUAAGCAAGUAUGGUGAUCGGUUGUUGGAAACAAUAGAAUCAACAGUCAACGAGUACUAUGGAACCAAUAAGAAAGACUCUGUUAUCAAUAACAACAGUCCUGAUUUAGGGAAGAGGAGAAGAGACGAGAACAUUAGUCCGAAUGUAGCCGGGGAUGAUGAUUUCGCUGAGAGCUCGGGCCAGUCCUGCAAAAAGACAGUGAGAAACAAAAGCAAUGCAGUUCUUCAAGGCUGUGUAGAUGGAGAUGGAGUAGGUAUGGUCAUGGAGAAGCUUGAUUUUGAUUUUGAUAUUGAAGAAGAAAAUGGGUCGGAGAUGCGACCUGAAGGAAGAGUAUUACCUUGGUGA